AUGUCGUCCAACGCGGGACAAAACCCGGCUUCCUCCAAAGCGAUAAAUAUCUCGAAUACCUCGGCCGCUCCUGCGACAUUCCACUCGGCAGCCCCGACCGACAACGGUUCCCAACGACGUGUAGGGGGGUCUGGGAGUUUUGGGGCGGGCCUGUCCUCGAGGAGCUCGGCUACGGCAAGGAGUAACCAGGCUCGAAAGAAUCAACAUAAGCGACAGAGGAAACCCCGACUGUUGGAUGAUGACGAGUAUAGUGAAUCGGCCGUGAUGAGAUCAACAAACAGUCGUAAGGGACAGACGUCCAUCACCCAUUUGAUGAACUUUUCUCUCCCGCCCCGUCCACAAUAUCAGCCGCCGCCGCGCAAUACUCGGCGCUAUACGUCAUGGGGAGCGGGAUCUGGAUAUCAUGCCGUGGAUAAGGCGCGCUAUGUCCAUGCCAACUAUCGUUUCAUCGUCUCACCUGACCGAAAUUACCAUGCCCAGGCAGCCAAUGCUGAUGUUCAUUUGGACUGGGCCUCGGUUCUUCAAGUGCUUGUUUCUGCUCAGACCCAGGCUGCCAGUUGUCCAAUUUGUUUGUCUACGCCAGUUGCGCCGCGAAUGGCUCGAUGCGGUCAUAUAUUUUGUCUACCCUGCCUCAUUCGGUAUAUGCAUUCGUCCGAUGACGACAACCAUGUUCCUGAGAAGAAGCCUCGGUGGAAGAAAUGCCCCAUUUGCUGGGACUCGAUUUACUCGUCAGAGACUCGUCCUGUCCGGUGGUUCCGCGGCCAGGAGGGUGAUCUCCCCGUGGAAGGUGGAGAUGUCGUACUGAGAUUGGUCAAGCGAGAACCCAGCAGUACUCUUGCCCUACCACGAGACGGCGCUGAGACCCUCAGUGCUGGCGAUGAUAUUCCAUGGUUCCAUGUGGCGGAGGUUGCUGACUACUCUCGAAUCAUGAAGGGAGGAGAAGACUACAUGAUAUCUCAGUAUGAUGCUGAAAUUGAAGAUCUCCGCAGACAGGAAAUCGAGGACGAGCUCUUGUUUGGAGACGAGAACACCUGGACCCGAAAGGCGAUUGGUACGGUCAUGGAGGCCAAAGAGAAAGUACAGGGGAUUGGGAACCCACCAGACGUCUCUCGGCAGCCUGCAGCACCGAGGCCGGUCAAGGAAUCAGCAGUGGAAGCUAGUACCCCGGCAGUCGCCUCAUCCGAUAGCAUGAACCCAUCUGGCAACGGAUCUUCUACUGAAUCAGUUCCUGGGUCGGGCACAGAUACCACGUAUCGUACGGCGGAAUCGGCAUCAGCUCCAACUACAUCGGAUGAAGCAGAUCACCUAUCUGAGGCUAUGGACAAAGUUCAGAUCAAUCCUGACCCCAACGCCAAAUCGCAACCAAAGGGCAGAGGCAAAGAGGCACAGGGGUUUCACCCACCUGAUCAGCCAUAUUACUUUUAUCAGGCCCUGCCCCAGUUCUAUCUUUCACCUCUCGACAUUCGCAUCCUCAAGGCGGCAUUUGGUGAAUAUGCUCUGUUCCCUGCAACCAUUCUGCCUCGGGUAGAACAUAUCUCCACCGGUCACAUGGUUGACGAUGAGCUUCGCAAGCGCGUUAAAUAUUUGGGACAUCUACCUUAUGGGUGCGAGGUCAACUUCCUUGAAUGUGACUGGAGAGAUGUUGUUGUGCCCGAAGUGCUGAGUCGUUUCCGCUCUGAGACUGAGAGGAGGCGCAAACGUAACCGGGAUAAGGAAGCUCGCGAAGAGAAAGAUCGCAUUCGUGCGGAGAAGAAAGAAGACGAUGAGCGCUGGGCUGCCGCACGGCGCAAGCGACCAAGUAUUGGCAGCGCUAGUGACGUGCCCUUCUUUGCCCAUGAUUUUCAACCGCUGGCCAACAAUGUUGACCCAUCCCAAGUUGACACUGGCAUGUCUUCUGCUUCCCCGCCUCGCGCCGCUUCUCAAUUUGGAGCAUUAGCCUCACCCUCCGCCAGUCCCCCGGGCUCUCGUACUGUCUGGGGAACAGCAGCGAUACCAUCCCUGUCUCCGACUCUAGAGGCCCAACCUGAAACUCCCAAUGAUGGCUGGCUCCAGGGCUGGGAGGACGAGCUGCUGACCCAGCAGGAAUCUGAGCUUAUCGCACAAACUGCUGCUGAGAGUCAAUACGCCGAGCGCACAUCCUCCACCAAUAGGGGUGGCGGCGGAGCUGGCGGUGGAGCUGGCGGAGGUGGCGGCAAGAAGAAGAAGAAGAACAAGAUCACCUUGAUGUCUACUAAUAGCCAUCGAGGAGCAUAG